AUGUCCUCCACGGCCGGGAACACCUCGACCGGGAAAAUGCGGCAGGCCCCGGCCGCGACGACGGAAGAGCAGUGGUUCGCGAGCAAGGCCAAGCGAGAGCAGGAGAAAUUGGAAGAGGAGAGACGGAAGAAGGAGGAGGAGGAGAAACGGAGCGGGGUGAAUCUGAAGCCCGACGUGGAAAAUAUUCUCGUUCAUGGAGAAAUCGUCACCGUCUCCACCGCGAAGAACGAAGUGGCGGUCGCAGAUAACAAAGUCCACGUCAACUUUGUCGAAAACUACCACGGGAGUUCCGCAGGUAUAAUUAAUUCGAAGAUAAGUACGACCUAGAAGAAACGCAAGCAUAUUUUUUAUGGUUCUUUGUACAAGUGCAAUUGCAUGACGGGUCGAGGACUUAAUCGAUUUGGCUACGUCUCAUAGUCGUGUAUGCAAAUUUCAUUUUUCGUGUCAUGUGCCGGAAAGCGUGAAACUGAAAGCAAUACGUGCGUAGACAAGAACUACAGUGAUCAUCUUUAUUUCCAUGAAACAGCCGCCGGUUCGGAUUUUUUCGCGGCGUACCACAAGACGCGCCGGAUGGAGAUGGACCGGAUAGAGGACAUGGAGAAGUCCCACACUGACAAGCAGCAAACGCUGACGUUCCAGCAGAAGCGGAUAGAGAAUUUCCAGAAGGACCAGGCGAAGCUGGAGAAAAACCGGAAAAAGCGCGACAAGAAGAAGCAGGCAGCGUUGCGGAAGCGGGAGCGGUGUGCGAAGGGAGGUGGGGAGAACGACGAGGACUCGGGGUCGGAUGAGAACGGAAAUAGAGGAGCCAACAGCGGUAAUUUGACGGGAAAUGUCAACCCCGCGAACACGAAAUUCAGAAAGAUAGACAGCACAAACACAAGUGGAGCACAAUCUUCUGCUGUUGGAACAGCAUUAGAACAGAAGGACGCCUCGGGCUUUUUCCUCCCUACCGGCGGGAUGAUUUCGACCGGCGGUAGUAGGACUACAGGUGGUUCUAGUGCUUCUAUGGGCCCGCCAUCAGCAAACAUAAAGUCCAAGUCCGCAGCGGUGAAGGUUCGUGAUCUGGUUCCGGACAAACCCGCCUCCGCAACGGAUGAUCUGGAUUUUGGCGAACUGGCAGCGCAAGUAAACGCUACUAGUGCGGCAUCCAAAGUGGACAGCUUCGAUGAAGAAAGCGGGGGAACAAACGUGCUGACGGCCGCGGAAAGGAUGAAAAAACAAAACAUCUUUGUGCGCGAAGACAUAGACUUCUAAGACUUGUUUUUUUUCACGAGAACUUGAAGAUGUUGAAUACGAGUACGACCAGCGACCGACCCUAAUUACUUCUCAAGAUAUUCAUGUUGUCUGCGACUUAUUUGGCUGAUGUUCUAGCUGCACGACGAUGGGCAUCGGUAGCAGAUCUACCGCUGACACGAUAAAGCAGCAACAACGGCGACCCAGUGAAAAGAACGUUUUCGAAAC